GCUAGUUGAGGCUGAGGAAAAGAAGGGGAAGUUUCAUAUAAAGCGAUGGAGGAAGAAAAAGUGUGAUUAGAGUCUGUUAUAUCUUUUGCCAGACAGGAGACUUGAUGAGUGCCCCAGUCCCUCCAAAGAAAAGUCCUCAAAGCAUAAAUGAAGGAAGAUAGUCUGGCCAGACAGUAUGUACCAGGUACUCAGGAGUUGUCUAGUAACUUGGUUGUUGGAGGAGGAGGGACUAGCUCAAGGCCCAGGGGGAGGUCCGCACUAGGACUGUCACCUUCAGAGAGUGGGAGAGGCAAGAGGCCGAGGACUGAAAGAGAGGGGGUGAGGGAUUCUUCGUGACCAGCAGGAUCUCAGAGAUGGCAAGCUGCCAGCCUGUACUGCCAGCGGUGGCCAGACCUGUGCUACAGCUCUGAACCCACCUCUUUCUCCCCUAGUCCAUGAGAAUCUGAGCCAGAGAGCCAGCAUGCCCUGGUAAGUGGAAGUCCUACCACUUCAAGACAUGGAGUCAUCUUUCCCAUUUGGAGUGAUCCUUGCUGUCCUGGCCUCCCUCAUUAUUGCUGUUAAUGUGCUAGUGGCCGUGGCUGUGCUGUUGUUGAUACACAAGAAUGAUGGUGUCGGUCUCUGCUUCACCUUGAAUCUGGCUGUGGCUGACACCUUGCUUGGUGUGGCCAUCUCUGGCCUGGUCACAGACCAGCUCUCCACCCCGGCUCGGCCCACACAGAAGACCCUGUGCAGCUUUCGGAUGGCAUUUGUUACUUCUUCCGCCGCUGCCUCUGUCCUGACAGUCAUGCUGAUUGCCUUUGACAGGUACCUUGCCAUCAAGCAGCCCCUCCGCUACCUCCAGAUCAUGAAUGGGCUCAUGGCGGGAGCCUGCAUUGGUGGGCUGUGGCUGGUGUCUUACCUCAUUGGCUUCCUCCCACUUGGAGUCCCCGUAUUCCAGCAGACUACCUACCACGGUACCUGCAGCUUCUUUGCUGUGUUUCACCCACGCUUUGUGCUGACCCUCUCCUGCGUUGGCUUCUUCCCAGCCCUGCUGCUCUUUGUCUUCUUCUACUGCGACAUGCUCAAGAUUGCCUCCAUGCACAGCCAGCAGAUCCGAAAGAUGGAACAAGCAGGAGCCGGGACUGGAGCAUGCCGGCCUCCACGGACUCCCAGUGACUUUAAGGCUGUUCGCACCGUGGCUGUUCUCAUUGGGAGCUUCACUCUGUCCUGGACCCCAUUCCUUGUCACUGGCAUUGUGCAGGUGGCCUGCCAGAAGUGCUACCUCUACCUGGUGCUGGAACGGUACCUGUGGCUGCUCGGUGUGGGCAACUCCCUGCUCAACCCACUCAUCUAUGCCUAUUGGCAGAAAGAGGUGCAGCAGCAGCUCUACGAGAUGGUCCUGGGAGUGAAGAAGGGGUUCACUUCGUGCCUUCUCCUUCUCUCAGCCAGGGCUGGUCGCCCUGAGAGGCCCAGGGAAAAUUUCUGUCCUAUCGCCACUAUCUCCCACUCACAGCUUGAUGGCUAAGACGGUAAGGGCAGAGGAGUUUUAGAGUGCCUUCUCCCUCCCCUGUCUGGGCCCCAGCUAGGAAAUUAGAUGGAGCUAGGGAAUGAGAGCACUUGCUUCAGGCAGCCAACCACCUUCAUCCCAGACUGAGAGGAACUGAGACAGGGUGCUAACUUUCUUCUAGAAUCAAUUUCCUCAUCUGCAAAUCCCUGUUUCUCCCUAUCCUUCUUUUGUAAUGAGUCUGUUUCUCCUGUACAGGUAUACUUCCUUAAAGAAAUGUACUACUGAAAUGAUGCUAAAAAAAUCAAAUCCUAUUUUUGAAUGCACUAGAGCAGCACUCCCCAGCAGAAAUAUAAUGCCAGUCAAAUAUAAUUUUAAAUGUUCUAGUAACCAUGUUGAAAAAAGGUAAAGAAGAAAAACACCAGGCAAAAUUAAUGUUAAUAUUUCAUUUAACCCAAUAUACCGAAAACAUGGUUUCGGUAUGUAAUCAAUAUAAAAAUUUCUGCACUAGGUUUUUCAUGCUAAAUCUCUGAAUCUGGUGUGUAUUUUACCUUUACAGAACAUCUCAAUCCAAAGUAGCCCUAUUUCAAAUGCUCAGUAGUCACAUAUGACUAGUAGCUACCAUAGCAGACAGCACAGCACUAGAGAAAUGAGAUUGUUCCUCUUAACUGUUUACUAUAGUGACUAACUAUGGUAAAGUGAGGUGUCCUGCCCUCCCUGAUGUAAAUCAGACUUUCUAGGUAGUGAACUUGCCUAAAACGUAGAAAGCUGGAUUGGAUUCUACAGCUUGUGUUCUUUCACACUUCAUGGUAUUCAAAACACUGUUUUCUUUGGAAAUGGCCAAUCUUGUGGUUAUUUCUGCUACUGUCCCUCCUAAUCUAACCACUCUUCUCUUCGGUGCUCCGUCCUCUCAGUUGGCUUCUUAUGUCACUUGUAGCUACUUGCUGAUGACAGUGCUGAACCACAAAUUCUGAGACACUGGAAGAGAAGGCAGAGGAAAAAGGGGUAGGUGCCAAGAAAGGCACUUCCAGGCUCUCCACACUGGGCCCACUUUUUCCCAUCUGAGCUUGACCUUCUUAAAUCCGCAUGUUCCUAAGAAACUCAGUAGCCUAAGAGGAUGCCCCCGACCUGUCCCAGGAAACCAGCCGAGGAAAUGGUGUCUCAUCCUGCUUUCUGUGGGUACAGGAAAUGGCUGUUGGCAGCUGGGAAUUAUGGCCAGGCUCCCUCUGGGCAACCCUGGCAGCAGAAAUUCAAGAACAGAUUGAGGAAGAAAUGUGGGAAAUAUGCUCAGUCUUCCUGAGCUUCCCUGUAACCCUUUCCUUAACCUCCUGGUCGCCACAGUGGAUUCCUAGAAACCUUGCCUCUUAAGGCCCUCAACUAGAUUAUUUCCCUAGAAAGCUGCUAAGUGGACAACCAAAGAAGGCAAGAAGAAACCAAUACAGAAAAGAUUAAAUUUGUCUGGGAUUUGGUGCCAAAACAACCUUGGAAGGUUAACCCCUUGGUAUGUUCAAAACGAUGGCCUGAGGAUGCAUUUGAAUCUAAUGUGUAAAGGCUAAAGCCAAGAGACCCAUGAAAUUUUUCAUUCAAAUUUGAAACUAAAAUGUUCAGAACCAGGAUGGAAUCUGGCCAUCCUCCUCUCCACAGGAUAGCACCACAUUGUGAUGUUUUGCACUUGGGUUUUAAUUCCCCUUCAGUCUUAGAUGAACUCCCAGCUGGCUUUCCUCAGUCAUUUAGAGGUUAAUGAUCAUUCCUUUCCAUUUCCAUACUCUGGAAAAGUCCCUUCUAUUUUCACCCUCUACCUUCAGCACAAAUGGCCUGUUGCUCACUGAUCCAUUCUAAUACAUAUCAACCCUCCUUUGGUAGAAUUUAUUUUUUUGCAGUUGCUCCAUUUACCACUCUGUCCCAGAGGAGGGCCAUGCUUGCCUUGACCAUAGCAGGCUUUAUGUUCCCAUAACUGAAGAACUUCUUGGCUUUCAAGUGGACGAUAGAACCCAACGUGCUUUGAAGUGCUGAGCACCAAGAAUUUACCACUUAUGCCAGCAAUAAGACACCUUCUUGGACUGGGUUGAGUUAUUGGGAACUACACAGAACACAAACAGUAACUGGGUUUGGGGACAAGAUGGGAAGCUGGUUCAAAUCCAUGCCCUCCUUAUUGGUGGUUCAAAGUUUAAUUUCCUGACCUUGAUGCAGAUGACUGAUCUUGCCAAGGUAAUACAAGCAAAGUGGAAUGGAAAUUAGUUACAAGAAAAAGGAGCUGAGGGGAAGCAAUGUGACUGUUAUAUUGUUAGGUCCAGUGUAAGAAACCUUGCUAUCCCUGGGAGGCAGUAUGUUGAGUGGAAAAGUCAUAGGCGUUGAAGUCCAAUAGACCAGUAUUCAGACUAUGAUUCAGCUAUUUAAACUGCCAAAGCUACAGCUUCCUCAUUUGUAAAACUGGGGUAAUAAUGCCUACCUUAUAUGAUUAUAGAGAGGAUUAUCUCAGAUAAUGUAUGGGAAAAUGCCUAGUAAACUACAGCACCUGGUUAGUGCUCAGAAAAUGUUCUCUUCCUCAUCCUUAAAAAUCCUGAAGAAUUAAAUAUUCAGCUGACCAAUUUAGGGAGUCUGGCAUUUCUGUAGAUACUAUGGCCUCUAAGACAAGGACAGUUAGCUCCAAACUGUGAAUUACUCAACCCCUGAAUGUUUUUGAAAAUGAAUGAGGACUCAGGUUGAAAAAGACAAACAGUAAAUCUAAUACCUUAGCAGGAUCAAAAGACAGCAGAUACAUCAAGGCACUAUUAUCAUACACUUAAGAGUAGCUGCAAUUAUGAACAUGGUAUUUAAUAAGUCACCAGGAGCAGAGGUACAGAAUGCUAUGCAAAAGUCUAAUGGUUCUCUUUGACACAGGUCCCAGCACAGAUAAGGGAAUGCACUGGAGAGGAAACACUUAGAUUUCAUUCACACAUCCAAUGUUGUCUCCUGAUGAACUGGCAAAGAAGCCAGAUCCUGUUCAGCAAUUUGAUCAAAACAGCCAAAAGAUAUUAAGACCUUGUAGGACAGAAUGCAGGUCAGUCCCAUUUAUAAUUACCAUAAAGAGCUUAUGAAUUUGUUAUAAAAACUGUGUGACAUGACUAAGUUUUCUACUAAUUCUUUGGAUAGCUGACAUUAUGCAUAGCACACCUGUUUCAGAGGACAACUCUUAAGAACAUAAGAACACACAGCCCUCUGUACAGGCGCAUUUGAGUGCUAGAGACAGGUUGCUCUGAUCUACCAAACUCUCCUUCUUGUUUAAUAAGCCCAUCUUUGAGAGUUGGCCAGCCAGAGUUAGCCUUGGGAUAUCUUCUCCCCAUAUGGAAAAGUAUUUACUGAGUCAAAUGGAAAAUGAACUCUCAUGACUGAUUUCAUUCACACUUGCUCAAUCAAUGGCCAAACUGAAGAGAGACCAAUGAAAAUAGCAGGCACAAUAGAUAUUUCAAGGACACACAUAGAACAAGAGGCAACAUGGUGUUGAUAGCUGGGUAACAAGAGCAGCAACUGACCCAAGGCCAGACCACAACUCCUUAGCUGUCAUUGGCCACUCACUUAUUUUGUGACUCCUUCAGUACCUCCCAUGCCAUCCUUCAAACUGCUGACUGGUCUGGAAUCUUCUCCUUUGAAUUAACAAAUCUUCAUUUGUCAUUUUUGCAGUCAUAUAAACUCGAUAAUGGUACCUACAAGUGUCAACUGUUAUUCAUUCGUCUGUCCAUCUAUCAUUCUACCUACUCCACAAACAUAUUUUGAUAGCUAGGUGCUGAAAUUGCCCCAGCUUUGCUGGGAUUUCUUUCAGAGAUAAAUAUUGAUGUAUAUAUGACAUUUGGUAUUCUUUUCUGAUUAUUAAAACAAUUUUUGUUCA